CUUCAUAUCUUCGCUUCGUUCGAGACGGCGUCAUAGAAUGUGCUUUAGUAUCAGCUAAAACCCGAGUGGCCCCGGUAAAGUUCUUGUCCAUCCCCAAGCUCGAACUACUUGCGGCUGUCAUCGGUUCGAAACUGGCUCAAACGAUAAUCGAGACGCUUUCCGUACACAUCUCCGAACGUUUUUUCUGGUCCGACUCGUGGGACGUAAUUUGCUGGAUUAAUUCCGACCAUCGAAGAUACACGCAGUUCGUUGCGGCCCGCGUGAGUGACAUCCUGGACAUCACUGAAACCAACGAGUGGCACUGGGUGCCCAGCAAGCAGAAUGUAGCAGAUGAUGCCACGAAGUGGGAUGGUCGUCCCGAUUUAUCCCCCGAAGGUAGAUGGUUCCAGGCUCCUGACUUUCUAUGGGGACACGAUUCAGAAUGGCCGUAAUUUGUGUCGAGAGGUAAAUCGACCAACACAGAGCUUCGUCCUAAUUUGUUUAUCCAUUAUACUGCACCAAUUCAACUGAUCUCCGCGUCUAACUUUUCAAAAUGGAAGCGGCUCAUCAAUGUAGUCGCACUUGUUCAUCGUUUCCCCGAGAACUGUCGACGUAAAAACCAGAAACAUCCGAUUUACACUCAACCACUGACUAUGCUGGAACUCCAACGAGCCGAGAGAUAUCUUCUUCGUUGUGCACAGCAGGAAUCAUACCCAGCCGAAUACGCAAUCCUCCGAGCGGCCAAAAAAGAUAUGCAAGCCUCAUUUGGCACGGUUCCUAAGGACAGUAAAUUGUACCAAUUGACACCGUUUUUGGACGACAACGGACUGAUCAGAAUGCGCAGGAGAACACGGUUUUGCACUUACAUUUUCGAAGAUGCCAAAAAUCCUAUCGUCCUCCCUCGUGGUCAUCACGUUACCGAUUUGAUCAUUAAGCACUACCACGAAAAACUCCACCACCAAAAUCACGAGGCUGUUAUGAACGAGAUACGUCAGAAGUACAGGAUCCCGCGACUUCGUUGUUGCUACGCAAGUGUCCGCAGGGGUUGUCAACGAUGCAAAAACGAGAAGAAGGUUCCACAGCCACCAGUAAUGGCCGACCUACCACCGGUUCGACUUGCCGCAUUUUCGCGACCAUUUACUCACGUAGGAGUCGACUACUUCGGACCAAUCGAAGUCUCUGUCGGCAGAAGAGUGGAGAAAAGAUGGGGUAUGUUGAUUACCUGUCUUACAGUACGAGCGAUACACAUCGAAGUGGUGCACUCCCUUACUGCAAGUUCCUGCGUAAUGGGAUUGCGUAAUUUUAUUUCUCGACGUGGGGUGCCCAGAACCAUCUACAGUGACCGUGGGACCAACUUCGUCGGAGCAAACCGAGAACUGGAGACAGCAUAUGCAGCACUGAAUCAGAACGAGUUGAUGAAAGAGUUCGUGACCAGCAACACCUCGUGGGUAUUUAUACCGCCAGCGUCCCCGCAUAUGGGCGGCUGCUGGGAAAGACUCAUCAGAACAGUGAAGAAAAACUUGAUGGCUAUCCAAGUAUCCCGAAAGCCGUCUGAUGAGGUUUUGCGCAACAUGUUGACAGAGAUCGAAAAUACUGUCAACUCCCGUCCUCUGACGCACGUUCCCAUCGACGAUAUUUCUGCUCCAGCUCUCACUCCGAACGAUUUGCUCCGAUGCCAGACCAAUAGCUAUUGAUGAUGUCGUCGUCAUAGUCGACCCGAAGCUUCCGCGUGAUUGUUGGCCGGAAGGAAGGGUCGGCCGUAUCCGAUCAACAGUUGUACGCACCAUCAAUGGCGUGUAUGAGGGGCCAGUAACUAAGUUGGCUAUUCUGGACGUUCGGCGCGACGAGUAGUGAGUCACUAAGCUCACCUACCGUCAAAGGUAUUGCACCUAGCGUCAACGAUGAAACAAUUGACAGCAAAGCGGAAGCAACGAUGACAGCCGAAUAAAGGAGUAGACAAACCAUUGCGUGUUGAAGGAGUCUUUUGUUAGUGCCUAUUAAAACUAUUAUCACAGUUGGAAUCACAGGAUCGUUUCUUCUAUAGUUAAAAAUUAUAUUAUUCUACUUAGUAUAUAUAGUAUAUAAUUAAAAUUUCUAUUAUUCUACUUAAUACUAGUGAUGAGUCCAAUUCUAAAACCUACAGCAAAAUAAAAUAAACUAAUAAAAAACUGAAUCUUAAUGAUAUAGGUUACGGACUACACGCUAGUUGGUCAGUUAGUUGAAGCAGAAAUCAAAGGACUAGAAGAAUUGAAAAGGAAACUAAACGUAAAUUAUAUCUCCAUAUAAAAUCGGAUCGUGUAAAUUUUAUUUCCGUCCCGGAGAAUAUUAUUUCGGAAAUCUUCAGUCCUGUUGAUCGAAGUUCAACAAACUACUUUAAACGAAAUUCGCCAAAAGUACUAUAUACCCAAGCUUCGAUCGAUAUACAACAAUAUCCGAAAAAAGUGUCAGUAUUGCAAAAUUCACAAUUCUCAACCGAAUCCGCCGGAAAUGGGACAACUACCAGCAAUGCGAUUACAGGCCUUCAUCCGACCAUUUUCGUAUGUAGGCAUGGAUUAUUUUGGGCCAAUGCAAGUAGUACUUGGACGUAGAACAGAAAAACGAUGGGGAGUUCUCUUCACUUGCAUGACCGUUCGAGCAGUCCACAUUGAAAUCGCACAUGCACUCACCACAGACUCCUGUAUCCUAGCGAUACGUAAUUUAUUCGCCAGGCGUGGAACUCCAGCAGAAAUUAUAAGCGAUCGCGGAACUAAUUUCAUAGGUGCAAGUCGCGAAUUGAAAGCUGCAAUUGAAUUGUUGAAUCAAAGAAAAUUAGCUGAGUGCUUCGAGUCAGUUGACACAAAAUGGUCAUUCAAUCCACCAUCUUCCCCACACUUUGGAGGCUGCUGGGAACGACUCAUACAAUCCGUGAAAAAGGUAGUGCAACAAAUAAAAUCCAAAAGACUUUCAACUGAUGAAAUUCUCAAAAACAUGCUUGCCGAGGUCGAAAUGAUCAUUAAUACUAGACCUCUCAUCUUUGUUCCUCUGGAUGACGACAUGUCUCCACCGCUAACGCCGAAUCACUUUCUGUUGGGGACAUGGAAUGGCUCCAAAACCCCGAUCGCACCCGACGACAUUCGUGGAGA